GGUCGACACAUGCAGGUGCAGAGUCGGGCGCAGCUACAAAUGUCGUCUUUGAGUCGUCUGGACGAGCAUAAGGGCGUCGCUCGUCAGGUGGCGCAAGUGCGGACUGCGUGGCGCGGAGCCGCUCACUCGCUUCCUGCAAUCCAGGCUGGUCCUAAAGGCUCGAUUAUCGCGGUCGCUCGGAUUGUGCCUGCGGGGAUUGAAGUCCGCGGCGGUUCUGUGCAUUAUGCAAAUUUUGCGACGGCGGUCUGGACCAGGUCCGCUGUAGCGUAAUACUAGAGGAAAGCAGGCAGAUGCGUCGCAGUGGAGCCAA